AUGUCGGCCGUCGCCGAGGGUGACGACGGAGUGCAGAUUAGGGAUGUGUGGGGUGACAACCUCGAGGAUGAGUUCGCCAUGAUCCGCGACAUCGUCGACGAUUUCCCGUACGUUGCCAUGGACACCGAGUUUCCGGGGAUCGUCAUGAAUCCCGCCGGGAGCUUCAAGACGAAAGCGGAUUUCCACUAUCAGACGCUCAAGGCUAACGUCGACGCCCUCAAGUUGAUUCAGCUGGGUCUCACGUUCUCUGACGCGUGCGGCAAUCUCCCCAAGAGCGACACCGGCCGCCAGUGCGUCUGGCAGUUCAACUUUCGGGAGUUCGAUCCUGAGAAAGAUGCCUACGCGAGUGCCUCCAUUGAUCUUCUCCGCGGAAGUGGCUUUGACUUCAAGAAGAACGCCGAGAAGGGGGUUGACGCUCAGCGCUUCGGCGAACUGCUCAUGUCAUCCGGCGUUGUGCUCAAUGAUUCCGUCCGGUGGAUCGCCUUCCAUAGCGGCUAUGAUUUUGGGUACCUACUCAAAUUGCUUACCGGCCAGAACCUGCCGGACACCAGGGCUGGAUUCUUCGAGCUGCUCUCCGUGUUCUUUCCCAUUGUUUAUGACGUGAAGCACCUCAUGAAAUUUUGUAACAGCCUCCAUGGAGGUUUGAACAAGCUCGCUGAGUCGUUAGACGUUAAGAGGUUUGGCGUCUGCCACCAGGCAGGGUCAGACAGCUUGCUCACUUCGUCAGUGUUCAGGAGGCUGAAGGAACUGUUCUUUAAUGGUUCACCCGAGAGAUAUUCUGGUGUGGUCUAUGGCAUCGAUUUUGAGUACGAUGAGAAUAAACGCUGA